AUGGCUAGAGCAGAACAGAGCAUCAGAGACAAGAGAUGGAGUCUUCAAGGCAUGAACGCUCUUGUCACCGGAGGAACCAAAGGAAUCGGGCAUGCUAUAACGGAGGAACUUGCAAGCCUUGGAGCAAGAAUUCAUACAUGUUCCAGAGACGAAACUCAGCUCAAUCACUGUUUAACAGAAUGGGAAGCCAAAGGCUUUCAUGUCACAGGCUCGGUCUGUGAUAUAUCGUCCCGUGCCGAGAGAGAGAAACUGAUGCAACACGUCUCUUCUCUCUUUCAAGGAAGUCUCAACAUCCUCAUAAACAAUGUGGGGACAUGUGUGACAAAGCCAACGACCGAAUACACAGCACAAGAUUUCUCUUAUCAAGUCUCAACAAACUUGGAAUCUUCAUACCAUUUGAGCCAGCUUGCUCAUCCUCUGCUCAAGUCCUCUGGAUCUGGGAGCAUCGUCUUCAUCUCCUCUGUUGCUGGACUUGUGUCUUGUAGCGUCGGAUCCAUCUAUGGUGCAACCAAAGGAGCUAUAACCCAGCUUGCGAGGAACUUAGCGUGCGAAUGGGCUACCGACAACAUAAGGGUUAACUCCAUUGCUCCUGGAGUCAUUGCAACUUCUGCAGCUAAAACCUUUAUACUUGGGGAGGAGUUUGCUAACGAUAUAGCUCCAAAUAUACCAAUGCGUCGUGCUGGAGAGCCAGAAGAAGUAGCUGCGAUGACUGCGUUUCUGUGUCUUCCCGCAGCUUCUUACAUUACAGGUCAAACCAUUUGUGUUGAUGGAGCUCUCUCUGUUCAUGCCUUCUGA